AAAAAUGUGAUGAACCACUUGUCUCUGGACUCCCCCAUGUAGCUUUUAGCAGCUCUUCCUCUAUGUCUGGCAGUUAUGCUCCCGGCUAUGCCAAGAUAAACAAGCGGGGAGGUGCUGGGGGAUGGUCUCCAUCGGACAGUGACCAUUAUCAAUGGCUUCAGGUUGACUUUGGUAAUCGGAAGCAAAUCAGUGCAAUUGCAACCCAAGGAAGAUAUAGCAGUUCAGAUUGGGUGACCCAAUACCGGAUGCUCUACAGUGACACGGGGAGAAAUUGGAAACCCUACCAUCAGGAUGGGAAUAUCUGGAGAAAAGUUACCUCUGGCUGUGAUUUCCAUCCAAAGCUUAAGGCAAUGUUUCUCAGUCUGUGCUAUGCAUUUGAAUCCCCUAAGUUUUAA